UUCAUCUUUAUGUCUUUGGGAGAUUUUAAAAAUAUUUUUAAUGUCAUAGCACAUUAUUGUUUUCCUGAUCCAUGCUGUACUUUCCAUUUCCUGCACACAUGCAUAUGUGCAUGAAUGCGUAGGAAAAGGGCUGGAAGGAUGCGCUCCAUACAGAUGAGGACCAUUUCCACUGCAGAGAUGAGCAGGAGGAGUGAGCUGUGGGGCUGAGGGGAAGAGGACUGCUCUUACUUUAUGAAUAGUCAUUCUCGAUGGGGCUGGUGAAGCACACCUUUCAUUCCAGCACUCUGAGGGGCAGAGGCAACCAGAUCUCUAUGAAUUCCAAGCCAGCCUGGUCUAUACAGUGAAAUCCAGGCCAGACAAUGUUACACAGACCCUGUCCCAAAAGAAAAGAUGUUUUCACAUUAUUUCUGUACUUUGCAUUUUACUUACUGAAAAUGUUAAGCUUCAGGAAAAGAAAAAUACAGUGCUGGGGCUUGAAGUAUGUGUGUUUGGGGGACUGGUACAGGUAAAAUGGUACAGACCCUGGAGCUCCACAGUUAGUCCUGUGGCCACCUGAAAGGGGGAUGGGCUGCUGUCCCUGUGGAGACGAUCCAAUGCUGAGGUGCAUGGCUGCCUGCCUGGAAUAACUGAGACUGGCAUAUCUCCUUGUCACGUGCCGGCAGCCUUCUCCCUCUUCCCAAAUGUUGUUAUGCUCCUGCCUAGGGGACAGAUGGCCACAGGUUGGAAGACAGAGACACUCUGCCUGAAUAUCCCUGUCAGCCUGCAGGUUGGAAUUUUCCAGUCUUUGAGGCAAAGUCCUAGAUAGGAAAUUUCUGUAACCAGCCUUGGAAGCUGCUGCUUCUCCUAGACUGCAGGGAUGAGGCUGGGGACAUGGAUCACAGUCUGGCUAUGAAAUGCUCUGUGUCAGCCUCAGCCUGAAGAUGUAGACUGUUGGGUGGUCCAUGGGGCAGUCAUGCCAAGGCUGACUGCCACUCCCUCCCACCUCAGGCAUCUGGUCACAGUUGAAGUGGACAGGUGUAGUCUGCCACACCAUUUCUGUGACUCUGAGAUCUCUUGUGUCCUUGAGCUUCAUAUCUCCAAAGUUGGACCAAGCAGUCUGACUCCUGCUUGGUGACAGCAUUCUCCUGCACUUUCUGGUACUUCCUUGAACUCAGGAACUUCUGGGGUCUCAAGUGAGAGACCAGCUGGAAUGUCAACAACAUUGUGGUUUUUGGAGUUUCCUUUAUCUGACCAGACCUGACUGGUGCCAGGCGAAGAGCAUCAGGCGUGGGAACAACUGUGUGCUGUACUCAGUGCUUUGUCAAUGCCUGAAAGCCUUGCAGCUGUUUCUGAGUGUGGAGGUCUUUAUCACUCUACUUUCAAAUACAGCAGCAUCUAGAUGUGUGUGCUUCUCUGGAAGAAAGCCAGAAAAGGUACAGGUGUGCAAUGGAUAUCAUGGGUCCAAAGGGAGGACAAGAAGAGGCCCAGGCUAGGGAUUUUAGAGCAGAAUGCACACAAGGUGGCCAGUUCUCAAUCACAGCCUCAGUUUACUCAUCUUUGAUAUGAGAGUGGGAAAAGAAGCUCCUCUUUAAGAAGUCUGAAAGGCUAUCACUUGAAUACAAGUACACUGGUGAGCUUGCCUCAAGCACACAUCCACCCCAGGAUGCCUUUUAUGCACAGCUAUGGCUAAUUACACAUGUUUCUGAUGUGUUCUCAGCUUUGAAAACAAUAGGACCCAAAAGAGAAGGACCUCUUCUGAUGAUGUGUUGGUAUUCUGAUCUUGAUGAAAUACAGUGCAACUCCAUCAGGAGAGAGAAUGGGCUACUUUACCAUGUGCUAAGCCUACAUAAAUCUGAAUUAUUCCUGACAGCAUUCUUCUGGGGCACUCUCAUGGGAAGACUGGCUGUUUCUAGAGUCCCCUGUAUUUGGCUACCCAGCCGCUUCUAUGCUGCAUACAAGGACACUCCGCCAAAAGAAUGAGAUCCAUCUCAUCUGGCCUCUGUCCCUCUUUGCUGUGUAACUUUGUGUAAGUUUCUCACUGCCUCUGAGAUCCAUUUUCUCUUUAAUAAAAGAACAGAACUCGAGGGAAGCCUCCUUCCUCCCCCAACAUCAGUGGGUCUGAGAGGAUUAAAAAGAAAUGGUAAGAAGAAAAUAGCCAGCCUGACAACUGCCACCCCUAUCCAGAAGGUUCAGUUCUCACUACCUUCCCUGGAGGCAGCUUUGCAAGUGAAGACUUGGGCCAAAGUGCUGGCUGGGCCACCCUGUGUGCCUCCUCAGGAUCUGAUGGAGGCAUUAAAAAGCAUUCCUUAUGCACAUGCUCAGCUGGGUUUGGGACUCCUGACUGUCACUUAGUAAACAGGCAGCCUGCUCAAGGAAGGAUGGGAUACACAGAGGGGAGAAGGUUAUGUGCAGAGAGAAGAGAAAGAAGCAGGGCGUUUUUUUCAUCUCCUCUCCAUCCUGUUGGCUCAAAUCCAUCCAGCUUCUUUCUGCCUCAGGGCCUUAGCACAAGCUCUUUACUCAGAAAGCUCCUGGCAUCGCAGUCCACUGGGUGAAGGCUCAUGGAAAGGCCUCCUUUUCCCUGCCCCCAGCUCAAGAAGAUGGCCCCUGCUUCCCCCUUCUCCGUUCUGCUUGGUUGAACCCUGAUCUGAUUGCCAGACACAAUUUCACAUUCUGACUUUUAUGUUUUCUCCUUGCCUCCCCCCAACCCCCAGAAUGUAUCCUUGAUGAAGGCGGAUGUUCUGCAGGCACACUGGGAGUGCUUGGAGGAGGAGGGGCAAGGGAGAAGAGGCACCCCAGCUAGAACAGACCAGCCCCAGCCAUAGACCUUCUCCCUUUAGGUCAUGACUAGCAACAGUGAUCCAAGCUGUGUCAUCUGCUAUGCAGUUACUGUAUGUAGUCAGCCCUCCAGAACCGGUUACACAGUUGUCAUGAUCCCAUUUUACAGUAGCACAUCUGAGAGUCCCGGGGGACACUCAGUUUGCUGAAGUCUCAUGCCCCCUAACUCCAGGGCAGAUCUCCUGGGCUCUUAGUUCAGUGUCUCCUAUGUUUCCAUGCCAGGGACGGAAAAGCUGCUCUGGAAAGCAAUGCCAUCAUUAUAUUCUUCGGGUUGCGAGUGCAUUUUAGCAACGGAUUUCCAGGUUUUCAGUGAGGGCCAGAAGGAGCGACUUCCUCGGUCUCAGAGCCAGGGCUCUUGAUUUUGUUGCCGCACCCGCAGGGCGGCCCUGUUUGAUGCUGCAGUUGCCACGGCAACGAGCACUUUGGCGAUUGGUCCAGCGAGGCCGCACUACGUUGCUCCUGGAGGAAGGGGGGGCGCUCCUGCACUCCUGUCCCUCCUCCGGAUGCUGCGAGAGCAAACCGGCACAGACACCCCCCUCCCCCAGCCCUCCCCUCCUCAUCCCAGCGCACUGCCACCCCGGAUGUGCGGGAGGGAAAAAUCCCAAGGAAGUCCCAGGUAGCAGCGAGGCAGACGCCCCCGCCCAACCUGGCGACCAUGGUGACUCGACGUCUUCCCAGGCUUCUGGGCACAGUGUAAACCCUGCGUGGGAGGAACUGUUUGGAGCCCCCUGCCACAGUACACCGAGCUUUUCUAGAUGAACCUGCCAGUCCUGGGAAAGUGACUGCCCUUGGCUUUCAUUUUCUUCCUUUGCACCUCGCUUGAGCAUCCUGUUCCUCCUCUGAACCACCUUGAGCCUCCUCAGCCCAGGCAGGAGAAAGAGAGAAGGAAAUCAGACUUGGGCAGGAUGGCUUGCCGAAGACGCUAUUUGAGCUCCCUGGAAACCGGAAGCAGCCUCUCCACUGAUCGAUACAGUGUUGAGGGCGAGGCUCCCAGCAGCGAGACUGGCACAUCGCUGGACAGCCCGUCAGCCUACCAUCAGGGUCCCCUGGUACCUGGUUCCAGCCUGAGUCCAGACCACUACGAGCACACGUCAGUGGGCGCCUAUGGGCUGUACGCAGGGCCAGGACCACAACAGCGCACACGGAGGCCUCGGCUGCAGCACUCGACCUCAGUCCUGCGCAAGCAGGCUGAGGAGGAGGCCAUCAAGCGCUCUCGGUCACUCUCUGAGAGCUAUGAGCUCUCUUCAGAUCUGCAAGACAAGCAGGUGGAAAUGCUAGAACGCAAGUAUGGGGGACGCCUCGUGACCCGCCAUGCAGCCCGCACCAUCCAGACGGCGUUCCGCCAGUACCAGAUGAACAAGAACUUUGAGCGCCUGCGUAGCUCCAUGUCGGAGAACCGCAUGUCACGCCGCAUUGUGCUGUCCAACAUGAGGAUGCAGUUCUCCUUCGAGGGCCCCGAGAAGGUGCACAGCUCCUACUUCGAGGGAAAACAGGUUUCUGUGACCAAUGAUGGCUCCCAGCUGGGGGCCCUGGUGCCAUCAGAAUGUGGAGACCUUAGUGACCCAGCCCUCAAGUCUCCAGCCCCCUCCAGUGACUUUGCAGAUGCCAUCACGGAACUGGAGGAUGCCUUCUCCAGGCAGGUGAAAUCCCUGGCUGAAUCCAUUGAUGAUGCCCUUAAUUGCCGCAGCCUACACAGUGAGGAGGUGCCAGCCUCAGACACGGCCCGGGCUCGGGACACUGAGCCCAAACCAGGCCUGCAUGGCAUGGACCACCGCAAAUUGGAUGAGAUGACAGCCUCGUAUAGUGAUGUCACCCUCUACAUUGAUGAGGAAGAGCUGUCACCGCCUCUACCACUCUCACAGGCUGGUGAUCGGCCUUCUAGCACCGAGUCGGACCUGCGGCUGAGGUCUGGGGGUGCAGCCCAGGACUACUGGGCCUUGGCCCACAAAGAGGACAAGGCUGACACGGACACAAGCUGCCGAAGCACACCUUCACUGGAGCGGCCAGAGCCACGGCUGCGGGUGGAGCACCUGCCCCUGCUUACCAUUGAGCCGCCCAGUGAUAGCUCCGUGGAACUCAGUGACCGCUCGGAUCGCAGCUCACUCAAGAGGCAGAGUGCCUAUGAGCGCAGCCUCGGUGGGCAGCAGGGCAGCCCCAAGCACGGCCCCCACGGUGGCCCCCCCAAAGGCCUCCCCCGGGAGGAACCUGAAUUGCGACCUCGACCCCCCAGACCUCUUGAGAGUCACCUAGCCAUCAAUGGUUCAGCCAACCGGCAGAGCAAAUCUGAGUCUGACUACUCAGACGGGGACAAUGACAGCAUCAACAGCACGUCCAACUCCAAUGACACCAUAAACUGCAGCUCCGAGUCCUCAUCUCGGGACAGCCUGCGGGAACAGACACUCAGCAAGCAGACAUACCACAAGGAGACCCGCAACAGCUGGGACUCGCCAGCUUUCAGCAAUGAUGUCAUCCGUAAGAGGCAUUACCGAAUUGGCCUGAACCUCUUCAACAAGAAGCCUGAGAAGGGCAUCCAGUAUCUCAUUGAGCGCGGCUUCGUGCCCGACACGCCAGUGGGAGUGGCCCACUUCCUGCUGCAGCGCAAGGGCCUCAGCCGCCAGAUGAUCGGUGAGUUCCUGGGAAACCGGCAGAAGCAGUUCAACCGUGAUGUACUCGACUGUGUUGUGGACGAGAUGGACUUCUCCGCCAUGGAGCUAGAUGAAGCCCUCCGGAAGUUCCAGGCACACAUCCGAGUCCAAGGGGAGGCUCAGAAAGUGGAGCGGCUCAUCGAGGCAUUCAGCCAGCGGUACUGUGUCUGCAAUCCUGGGGUGGUGCGACAGUUCCGGAACCCAGACACCAUCUUCAUCCUGGCCUUCGCCAUCAUCCUGCUCAACACAGACAUGUACAGCCCCAAUGUCAAGCCAGAGCGCAAAAUGAAGCUGGAGGACUUUGUCAAGAACCUCCGAGGUGUUGAUGACGGUGAAGACAUUCCCCGGGAGACACUAAUUGGGAUCUAUGAGCGGAUCCGUAAGCGAGAACUGAAGACCAACGAGGACCACGUGUCCCAGGUGCAGAAGGUUGAGAAGCUCAUCGUGGGCAAAAAGCCGAUUGGAUCCUUGCAUCAUGGUCUUGGCUGUGUGCUCUCUCUUCCCCAUCGACGACUGGUCUGCUACUGCCGGCUUUUUGAAGUUCCUGACCCCAACAAACCCCAGAAGCUGGGACUGCACCAGCGAGAGAUCUUCCUGUUCAAUGACCUCCUGGUGGUCACCAAGAUCUUCCAGAAGAAGAAGAACUCGGUGACGUACAGCUUCCGGCAGUCCUUCUCCCUCUACGGCAUGCAGGUCCUGCUCUUCGAGAACCAGUACUACCCCAAUGGCAUCCGGCUGACGUCUGCUGUCCCUGGAGCAGAUAUCAAAGUGCUAAUAAACUUCAACGCUCCCAAUCCUCAGGACCGGAAGAAGUUCACUGAUGACCUACGGGAGUCUGUCGCUGAAGUGCAAGAGAUGGAGAAACACCGGAUAGAGUCGGAGCUCGAGAAGCAGAAAGGUGUCGUGCGGCCCAGCAUGUCACAAUGUUCCAGCCUCAAAAAGGAGUCAGGCAACGGGACACUGAGCAGAGCUUGCCUGGAUGACAGCUAUGCCAGUGGCGAGGGCCUCAAGCGCAGCGCCCUCAGCAGCUCACUGAGAGACCUCUCAGAAGCGGGGAAGCGAGGGCGUCGCAGCAGUGCGGGAUCGCUAGAGAGCAAUGUGGAAGGCUCCAUCAUUAGCAGUCCUCACAUGCGCCGGAGAGCGACCUCAACACGAGAGUGCCCAUCUCGCCCCCCCCAGCCCGUGCCUAACUCCUCCUCUCUCCUGGGUUCUUUGUUUGGGAGCAGGAGAGGGAAGCCCCCUCCCCAGGCCCACCCACCCUCAGCCCCUCCCCCAGCACCCCCUCACGCCCAUCACCCUGGGCCCUCAGAAGGCCCACUGCAUGGGCAUCACGCCCAGUACUGCCAUGCGCAGCAGAACCCCCCGCCCUAUCACCACCACCACCACUACCACCCGCCCCCCCACCUGCAGCACACCCACCAGUACCACCAUGGCCCACACAGCGGGCACCCCCCAUAUGGGGCCCAUGCACACAGCCACCCGCCUCUGCCCACAGCUCAUCCUGGUCAUGCAGGGCACUCAGCGCAUCACCAUGGGCAGCCCCCUGCCCCACCGCCCCCCACCAGCAGCAAGGCCAAGCCCAGCGGCAUCAGCACAGUUGUGUAGACAGCCUAGGCAGCCGCCUCCCACACACCAGGCACACGAAGGCCUACCAGGCACCAGCCUCAGACCAGCCCAAGGCACCACUGUUUCCACUCCCUCUACCCUCAUAGCCUGGGUGGGCCCAUGGGCUUGCCUUCCAUGGAGCAGAGCUCCCACUCCGGCUUAGCCCUGGCACCCCGUCCUCCCUCAGCCCAAGGCUGGGCCUCAGCCACCAUAGGCCUUGACAUGGCGCUGACCAAGGAGAAGUGGAACUGCCUCCCACCCUGUAGGCCCUCAGCCCCUGACUCUACACACAUCUGAAAACCCAUCUUAGCAAAGAAAACAUAGAAAAGUCAGACAAAACAACCAACCCCAGACCGGCUAUGUUAUUGUUCUGUUAUUGGCAGUGGGCAAAACAAUAAUAAUAAUAAUAAUAAGUAGACCUGAUAUGGGUGAUGAAAAUACGUAAGUAAACUUUAUAUAAUAUAAAUAUAUAAAUAUAUAAAUACAUAUAUACAUACUGUAUAGGUAGUGUUUGUGUGUGGAAGAUAAGCAUUUCAUCCACAAAGCUAGCACUAGGGACCUCCUAAGGACUGCCACUUAAGUGACAGGAAGUCAGUCUAGAUAAAUGUGUGAGUAGACCAAAAACCCCACUAGAACAAACCCAGAUCCUUCCAUAUUUUCAUACGAAGAGACUCCCCCUAGCCUGGCUGAAACCUUACAUGCUCAUGACUCACUGUGCCAAGUAACACAGCACCUGACUGUCUAAUACCCCACUCUGCUCUGUAUAGCCCCCUAUUUUAUUAACAGAGUACUAUUCUAAGUAACCAGUAUUAUAACUGCUGUUAUCUCCAGUAAGCAACUAGGCAAAGUGCAGUCAACUCUACCCUAGUACUUGGGGCAACCAGUCUAGAGCUGGCUGUCUCAGAUCUCAGCCCCACAGAUCCCUAGACACUUUCUACUGGCUGCCAUAACUUUGAUCUUCCAUGCUCUACAUUCCUUCCCUCUGUACAUGGUGAGCCACGAUCCUCCCCCCUCCCACAAUCCUCCCAGGGCACACUUGGCAGAGGGAUUCCAUCCCAACACAAUGACCACUCAUCUUCCAUAACUCCCUCAUCCAGUUCCCAGCCCCAGCAGGCGGGUGGCGUGAGCGCUGGGCGGCCCAGGGCGGUGUGUGUGUCCCCGUGUUGUGUUCUGAGUGGCAACAGCAAUCACUGUAAUUCCAUGCAGCCAUGUGCUCGUGACCCCUGUGUCAUCAUUGCACCUGGCCAAUGAGUGCUUGGCCCUGGCCAGGUGAAGCCCCCACUGCUCUCAUGGUCCAGUGAGCUGCCAGGCCCCACAUGCCCCAGCUGUGUUCUCGUUGCUUCCAUGUGUGACACCAUGCACUCCCCUGGGGCCACAUGCUGCCCAUGUUCCUGUGCCUGAGUCACCCAUGGGCUGUACUUUACAGUUUCAGCCCUUCCAGCCAUCACAGCCUCCAGUGCUGUGCUCCUAAGCCUAGGACCUGAGGACUGCCUGUGGUCUCUGCCUGCGCGGAGGCCCUUUCAGAAUGGAAGGAGCUGCCGCCUGACCGUGGGCUGCGUCUAGGACCUCAUGAGCCACCGGGGCCUGCCCAACCACAAGAGAGAUCAGGAGCCCUCUCUGGCCCAUCAUCACUCUGCUGGCCUGCUUGGGUCACCCAUCUCCCUCCCCUUCAUGUCGUCAUCAUCGAGGUCACGUACCAGCAGAUCUGCAAACUGAGCACUUUGUAUCCCUGCAGAGAGCAAAUCCUGCAACGUGGAGGUCAGCCUUCUGACUCACAGUGGCUCGACCCGCCUGCCCCAUCCUCUGUCAGCAUGGUUCAUCUUUCCCUUGUCAUCUGCACAGAAAGAACUGACCACCAUAGUGUAUCUGACUGGGGCCAGCUGGCGAGGAGCUGCCCGCUUCACAGUGCCCGAAUCCCUUGCUUACGCUCCACGUACUGUCUGUCCUUAGUUAAAGACACUGUCUGACAGGGAAGAGGAACUGUGCUGCAUGUGACCUGGCACCAGUCAUGAGGGGCUGUGCUCUCUGUAUUGUACAUUGACAAAAUAUACCAGUGUUACUGUUGGCAAAUAGUUGGAGUGGUAACAUUAAAUAUGCCGGCUUUCUUUUUCACCCUCUUCUGAGCCAGUGGUAAGUUAACCGUGACCUUGAGAUUGUUCUGAAAAAGACACGGCUGUUAGAUAUACACUCUCACUCUUUUUGAAGGGACACCACUCAGGAACAAACUCAAAAGGCGGCCUGAUUUACCUGGUGGGGUGGAGCCGGGCCUCCCUCUUUCCAGUGUCCUGCACUCUCAUGGCUAGCCAGCUCUGGGCUGCUCCCAUGCUGCCUUCCAUGUGUCCUAGAGACAAGCUGAGGGUAGUGGGUGGGUUCUCGGGGAUCAGGCUUCUAAGCAUACACAGUCUUUCUCUGCGUUCCUAACUCUAAAGGUUAUCGUGUCAGGGUGAUGACCCUGUGUUGUUUUACAGAUAGGGACGUCUUCAUAGGAUGUGCCUGGGCCUGCUUGGAAAGCAUAAACUACUAGUGUACUGUGUCCCUCGUUGCCUGUUACUCAGCUAUGGCAUUGAGGCACUGUGGUCCUUGACUGAGGAGAGGGGAGAUAAGAAGAGGCAGAGGCCCUGAGUAUACACUUCUGUUUACCACUGUCAGGAUACACUUAGGGCCUUCACUAGUUACCUGAGUUAAUCUGGUUGUCUGUGGAACUGGUGACAGAUGGGAUACCUUAGGGGAGGCAGCUGGUAACAUCACAAAGGGCUUUCCAGGGACAACAGUGAAGUUGUGGAUUUGUAUUUUUUGAAGCUCCCAAGUGAGUUGUAAUGUGAAAAUAAAGUUCACCCUAAUGUGC